AUGGAACUGCAAGGCCGAGCCCCGGCUGUUUGGUCUGAGCCAGCUGCCGCCUCCAGCUCGAAUCCGCUAUCCAGGUCCGAGAUCACGGAUCCCUCGCAGUCAGAAGGCUCAACCGUGGACGCAGCCGAGGUGCGCACAAACAAGAGGCAUCUUGUCGACGGCAGCACCGCUCGCUAUCCCCGGAAACGAGGGGCGACUGCAUGCCAUCUCUGCCGGGUUCGCAAGACAAAGUGUGACAAUGCCCGCCCGGCCUGCGGGUCGUGCGUCCAGCACAAGGCUGAGUGCGUCUACGGCAGCUCGACGGAGGCAAAAAUACCCUUUGAUGCUGCCAGCGAGGAGAUCUUGAGCCGUCUCAGUGUCAUACAGUCGCUUCUUUCACACGCAGGCAAACCGGUGUCUCCCAUUAUGGCUAGUAGUGCCACGGCUUGCUAUGACCAUCCGUGGCCCGCCCCUAAUGUACAUCAAGGCUUUGCUAUAAAAACAUCAUCGCCGCCGAGACUAGUGAGUGAUACACUACGGACGCAGGGAUAUUACGCAACGGUCUUGUCAGCGACGCGAUGCGAGACAUUACUGCGUUGGCCAGUCUUUGAAGAUGUGCUUUCUGCCAGGGACUCCAAGACUGAGUCGUUCCUCCUCGAUUGGAUCUCGGACCAAGAUGAGCUCCCCAAUCUUGAAGCGCCGGGGCAUCAACCGUCUUCAACGCCCGAGGCGCCGAAUGCCCAAGAGAAGAGGCAGCACCAGGUUCAUGUGGCUGAUUAUGUGAGCCUGUGCCACACAUUCCUCUCAACAAUACACAGGAGAAAUCCGAUUCUCGAUGGCGAUGUGUUGAUAGAAUCUGCUCGUCAUGUCAUGGCACACGGCCUGGGAUGGGAUACGAGAGGCUGUCUGGUGCUCCUCGCUUCUGCUUUAGCACACUGUGGCUUGUCCCAUUCACUUGAGGGUAGACCACAGUCUGACCAAGUCGAAUCGACCUCUGAGGGUGUAGGAAAGAGUUUGGUAGCGGAAGCGUUUUACACAGAAGCAAAAAAGAGGAUUGGCUUCUUGAGAUCUUCCAUUGCUGAUAUCCAGUGCUUGUUCCUCGCCUCCAUGUACGAAAAGCUCACACUGAAUAUUAUCAAGGCGUGGGAAUACAUUAAAGACGCCUGCUCCCGUCUCCAGACGUACCUGGCACGUUGUCGACGGAUGCCACAUAAGCAACGCCCCGAUCAUCUAGAGCCACGAAUAUUCUGGUCGUGUAUGAAGGCAGAAAGCGACUUGGUGGCAGAACUCCCGCUGCAGUCGAGUGGUAUUGAGAACUUCGAGUACCCUUAUCUGUUCCCAACUCCGCCGCCUAGCUCAGGCACACCUUCGCCCUACAGUGGUUUGGUUGCCUCAAAAGGAGGCCAAAAUCAUAGAAUAGUGAGUGAGGAGGAGAGCUGGUUCUUCUAUACUGCAGAUAUAUCCUUCAGACGGAUUCUGAAUCAGCAUCUGAAAGUGCUCUACACCGGGGCUGAGGCUGAGUGGAUGGAGGAUAUAAACCUUGCUUUCGCCCGGUUUACCGAAUGCGAAAAGCAGAUUGAAGUUUGGUACCGCCAUCUCCCACCCGUAAUACAAAGUGGCUUUGAAGGGCAACCAGAUAAUGAGCUCUCGCUGUUUCUCAAGGGCCGCUUUCAGGGUUGGCGUGAGCUUAUCCGCCGACCUUUCCUCUACUACGCACUUCAUCACAGUUCCGUCGAACCCGCAGACUCGCGGGUGCUGACGCUGGCCACGGAAAGCCUUCACAUCUGCGCAAGUCUGAUUCAUCACUACUUUCCGCAAAGUCGCCACGGAGGUACCUGGUUCAUCGCGCGAAGGACCUUUACCUGCUCGAUCUUGAUUCUGGCUGCCGUCUUCGCCGAUCGGAAGGAUGUGCAGCCGCCAGACGACUGGCUCGCCACAUUGCAGGUGGCUAUCAAUUUCUUAAAAAGGUGGGAGACUGAAGCAUGCGACAUUGCAAGAAUGCGCGCUAUACUUUGCAAACUUGUUGAUGAGGCAUGCCGAAAAGUAGGAGCAAGAGCAACGGGACGGUGA